AUGGCCUCGGAACCUGAGGGGAGGAUAGUGUAUAACUGUGGAGCGGAGGCGGGGGAGCCUGAAGGACUGGUCGUAUUUCGUGAUGGAUUGCUGCAGUUCGCGAACCCGAACGACUGUCACUUCAAUGCGACCAAGAUGCUCAAGAUGAUUCUCAACAGUGAUGACGAUGCACCGGAAGAUCUCGAAUUGGUGACGACGAAGCUUGACGGCCGAGAAGUGAUUGCCUUUAUACCGACGUUUGGUCGCUACGGCGAUGCGGACCUGCAAAUGCUCGCGAGGCGGAGCGGAGCGAAUUUGGUGCCUUGGUCGAGAGACGACAUUUGGUACUCCUCUCCGCAGCAUUCUACAGUUCAUGGCAUUUACUGUUCGAAUACAGCAGAGUCUAAUAUCAUCAUUGACAUGCCGUUUGAAUAUUAUCGGACGUAUGACCCGAUGGCGGUUACUGGGCCGCGGAUACCUCCGGUAGAGCUGAACAUGUCGUCUAAAGGAGGGUUGAUCGCAGAGUUGAGGUCGGAGGCGAUGAGCAAUCUCGACGCUGUGAAGAGGGUGGAGCUUCCGUCGAAAUUGAACUCCUCGGCCAGCACGAGUAGUGGUACGUAUGAUGAUUACUCCGUCCCGAGGACGAUCGUUGACUUCAGCGGCUUUCCACAGGCGGAAGCGACCAGUGGAGAAUAUGGCAGAUUCGAUUCUUUCCGAUCCCGACUCGCAGCGUUCAGUAAGAUGACGCAGUUUUCGAGGACAACUUGUGAAGAUAUGGUUGGAAANNNNUGGUGCGAACUUAUGUCAAGGCCCAGUGGUUGA